AUGUCUGUCCGACCACUGGCCUCGCUACGGAACGGCAUCUCGGCGGUCCGCUUCGUGAAGGACUUCCAGCUGGCGGGUCGCCCGGGCCACUUUCAGGGUCUUCUCACAUCCAACCCGUCGCCGGAGAAAGUUGUAUGGCCAGCACUGAAGGCAUGGUCCACCAUCGACGCCAAAGGGCAGGAGACACUCGACGGGCUCAAGCGGCCCGAGACGGCGGAUCUGAUGGUGCCGGUAGAGAUCUCGCAGCCCAACCUCGGCUACAACGCAGGCGGCGGCAAGUGGGACCGCAUCGAGAUGCCCUUCUCGCUCUUCCUCGACGCUUUCAUCGGACGCAAGAUCCCGUGGUCGACUGACGCAUCGCAACAACAGCAGCCGGUAGGCUACCUGGCUCAGUUUGACCUGCUCUCGAAGGCACCUAGCCUGGCGCAAGAGGCUCCAGGACUACCGCAUACACAGGCCGGACCCAAAGGCGCGCAGGAGCAAUGGAGGAGCAACGUUUGGAUCGGUCCCGGCGGCACUUAUACCCCACUGCAUCGUGAUCCUUACGAGAACCUGUUCGCUCAGAUCGUCGGUCGCAAGCGAGUCCAUCUCUUCGCACCAGCGCUGGCUCCAAACCUCUACAUCAAGCCGAGCGGACCUCAGCAGAACACUUCUGAAAUUGCAUCGGAGCAAGAGCUUCUGACUCCCUCGCAGGACCGGCCGCUCUUGUCGGAAGCGCUGGCAUCAGACAACGCCUUCGUCGCCGAGCUAGACGCCGGAGAUGUCCUGUACAUUCCUCAAGGCUGGUAUCACUGCGUUCAGAGCUUGAGCACGAGCGCAAGCGUCAACUUCUGGUAUCUGUAA